UGAGAAAUCCAAGGUCAUCACCACCUUCUUCCUCCUCUUCAUUUGCCAUCUUUAGUACCACCUCGCCUUCCCAAUCCAAUCUCGCCGCCCAUUAAGGCCCGAGAGCCCCCAUUCCGCCAGAUCCAUGACGGUCUCGUCGCCGUCGGCGGAGGAGCCGUUCCGGGUGUUCGUCGGCUACGACCCGCGGGAGGACGAGGCGUACGAGGUGUGCCGCCGCAGCCUGCUCCGCCACGCCUCCAUCCCCGUCGACGUCCGCCCCAUCCGGCAGCCGGAUCUCCGCGCGGCGGGGCUCUACUGGCGGGAGCGGGGGCCCACCGAGAGCACCGAGUUCUCCUUCACCCGCUUCCUCACACCCUACCUCGCCGGCUACCGCGGCUGGGCGCUCUUCGUCGACUGCGACUUCCUCUACCUCGCCGACAUCGCCGGCCUCCUCGCCUGCCUCCCCUCCUCCGACCCCGACCACCGCCUCGCCGUCGCCUGCGUCAAGCACGAGUACGCCCCCGCCGAGGCGACCAAGAUGGACGGCGCCAUCCAGACCGUGUACCCGCGCAAGAACUGGUCGUCCAUGGUGCUCUACAACUGCGGCCACCCCAAGAACGUCGCCGCGCUCACCCCGGACGCCGUCAGCACCCAGACCGGCGCCUUCCUCCACCGAUUCGCCUGGCUCGAUGACGACGAGAUCGGCGAGAUCCCCUUCGCCUGGAACUUCCUCGUCGGCCACAACAAGGUCGACCCCGCCGACCCGUCCACGCAGCCCAAGGCCAUCCACUACACCUCCGGCGGGCCGUGGUUCGAGAGGUACAGGAACUGCGACUUCGCCGAGCUCUGGAUCAAGGAGGCCGACGAGCUCAAGGCCGACAAGGAGAAGCAGAAGCAGCAGCAGAUCGUCAUGGCCAACGGCGAGAAGGAGAAAGACGAGGAGGGGAAUUGAAUCGAAUCCAAUUGAAUUCAUUGUGCCGCAUUGCGUUGCAAUUUUGCAUCGAAUUGGUUCAAAUCUGUUGUUUAUUGGGUUGGGGUUGGGUGGUAGGCUAUGAGUGGAUAGCUCUAGUAUUGGUAGUAGUACGCUUUUGUGUAGCGGCAAAUCAAUCUAUCUAUGAGUCCUCAAUGUUCAGGAAUUUUAAUUCUUUUGGCCUUUGAUCAAUUGACCAUGUACCUGUUUUUGCUGUUUCUGAAUACUGAUCAUACUGGCUAGCCUUCUCUAAUGCUGGAAUUGAGAAA